AUGUCUUUACCCUGGCUCAUUUUAUCUGGGUUCGGCGUCUUCGCAACGGUAGUUGUCUGUCUAUAUCGUCUCUAUUUUCACCCAUACGCCAAGUAUCCUGGCCCGUUCCUUGCAAAGCUCACCAAUUGGUAUGCCGUAUACCACACAUUCAUCGAGGAUGUUCAUACAGAUAUCUGGGCUUGUCACGAGAAAUACGGAGAUAUUGUACGAUAUGGUCCAAAUCGGAUCGUGUUCAACACCGAACCGGGUUUAAAGGCAAUUUAUGGACAUGGCGCCAACGUCCACAAGUCGAAGGGUUAUGAGAAAGUAUCGCUUCUUCCCGGGGUACACGCAAGUAUAAGUACCAUCGAUAAUGGAAGACACAAGCUGUUCAGACGGCUCCUCAACCAGGGGCUCUCUGAUACAAAUAUUCGAUUGAUGGAUGCGAAGUUGAGGAAGGUUGCUGUUUUGUUUGCUAGAGCUCUUGGUGAGGAGCAAGACCGACAUGAUAAUACUCUACGGCAUUUACCACUUGUUGACGGGUGGAGCAUACCUAAAAACAUGGCUCAUUGGUGUGAUUAUUUUACUUUUGAUGUGAUGUCCGAAUUGGUGUUUGGCACCUCUUACAACCUUCUGGGUAAUUCAGAAAAUCACUUUGUUAUCGAUGGUAUCAUCGCCCAAAUGCAGCGAUUUGGAUUCCUCCUGCAUUUUCCAGGCCUUGAAAAAAUGAAAUUGCAUCAUAUUUUGUUCCCUCAGGCAAGGCGCAAGGCCACGAGGUUCUACGCCAAAUCCAGAAAGAUCAUGGAAGAAAGAAAAGCGAGAGGGGAUUCAGACAAUGGGAGUGAUGUCUUCAGGGCGCUUUUGACAGCAAAUGACCCUGAAACGGGAGAGAGCUUCUCUAAUCAACAACUUUGGGUGGAAAGUAACCUAUUAAUCAUUGCCGGCUCAGACACAUCAUCCACCGGCAUGGCGGCCUUGUUCUUUUACCUUUCCCAAAGCCCCGCUGCUUAUGCCCGGGUAACAGAAGAGGUUAGGAUGGCCUUUUCAGAGUCAGAAGUAUGCCAAGGGCCCAAGCUAUCCUCAUGCGUGUACCUUCGUGCUUGUAUACAAGAGGCACUUCGCCUGUGCCCUCCUGUUACUGGUCCUCUCUGGCGUGAAGUGCUAGAAGGUGGCCUUUUUGUGCCUCAGCAUAACAUUCAAAUCCCAGCCGGCUGUGAAGUCGGAACGGGAAUUUGGUCCCUGAACCACAGCCCAAAGUACUAUCCCAGGCCUCAUGAAUUCUGUCCCGAACGGUGGAUCCCAGAAGAGAUAGGUACAGAGCAUGUGGGCUUGGCCAAAGCUGCCUUUGCUUCCUUUUCAGUUGGCCCGAGAAACUGCGUUGGUAAAGGGCUGGCAAUUACUGAGAUUAUGCUCGGUAUGGCUACGGUUAUCGCCCAAUACGACUUCCGCCGAGCAGAGCCCGCAAAAAUUGGGAAUGUAGGUGAAGGCAAAGCGGUUUUUAAAGGGCAAUUUCAGACGUUCUGGGGGUUCACUAUGAUGAAAACCGGCCCGUUCAUACAGUUCCGCCCUAUAGAAAUCAACGCGUGA